AUGUCCGCGCUCGCGGGCGCGUUCCACGUCGCCGCCGCGCUUCAAGCGGCGUGCGGGGAAUCCUCCUCACCGCGAGGAGAACGCGCGUCGAGAUCGUGCGCGGGCGGCGCGCGUCGUCGUUCACCGUCGCCGUCGUUCGUCGGCGGAUUCGCGCUCGGCACCGCCGAGAGACGGAAUCGAUCUCUAUCCCUCCCCGCCGCCGCCUCCUCUCGCGUCGAGGCCGCGGUCGACGACGCGCGCCGCUCACUUCGCGCCGCGCGCGUCGCCGCCGCCGCGACCGCCAUCAUGGGAAAGAAAGCGCGACUCGCGUGCGUCGCGUGCGGGGCGUCGUACAAGCGAAAGACCGCGGUCGUCGGCGGCGACGCGAAUCAUCAGAAUCGAUUCUGCGGAACGACGUGCGCGGCGGCGGCGGCGGCGUCGGGGCCGUCGUCCGCGUACGGGGACAUCCCCCCCGCGUCGUUCGCGGACGCGGACGCGCCUGGAGUCUACGCGACAGGCGGCGGCGGCUCGGCCGCGGGCGGGUCGUACGCGUGGGAGCGCGAGACCGGCGGCGGCGUGAAGGGAUCCCCGGGGAAGCGGAAGAAGAAGAAAAAGGGAAAGAAAAAGGCAGCGUCCGACUCCGGCGACCUCGCCGCGCGCCCGGUCGAGGAGUGCCCGCGGUGCCUCGCGGUGCUGAACAUCCUGGACGACACGUGCGACGUGAUAUCCUCCCCCGGGGAGGCCCUCGAUCGCGCGGUGCGCGCCAUCGCGAACGCGCCGGGAAAAGUCAUCGCCGUCGACUGCGAAGGCGUCGCCAUGUCGCGAAUCGGCCGCGUGACGCUCGUGCAGAUCGCGGUCCCGAACGAGAGGGUGUACUUGUUCGACGUCCAAGCGCUCGGGUCCGAGGCGUGCUUCGAGCGCGGCGGCGGCGGCGGCGGCGGAGAGGAGAAGGAUGAGAAUAACGCCACGAAUCGGAGCGUUACGCUCAAGUCGGUGCUCGAGGACGCGUCGAUCACGAAGCUGAUGUUCGACUGCCGCGUGGACUCCGACGCGCUGUAUCACCAGCACGGCAUCGCCCUAAACGGCGUGUUCGACAUCCAGCUCGCGGACGUCGCCGCACGCCGCGCGGCGUCGCAGUCCGUCGCGCUGUUAUCCGGCGUCCCUAAAUGCGCGGCGCGGCAUUUAGGCAAAGGCGCCGCCGCGGAGGCCAACGCGCUCGCGGCGUUCGACGGCGUCGUCGACGCCGCCGCCGGGCCCGACGCCGCCGCCAUCUCGCGCGUGAGCGAACACCUCAAGUCGAAAGUCAAAGCGUCGUUCGCGCCGGACCUAGGCGGGGACGGGACGCUGUGGGCGAGGCGGCCGCUGUCGGCGGACGUCCGGCGGUACGCGGCGUUAGACGCGUGGUUGCUCGUUCGCAUUCACGACGCGAUGUCGGACGCGCGCGCUUUGGACGCGGAGUGGACGCGGCGGGUGACGAGCGCGAGCGAAGGGCGGGUGAGGGAGUACCGCGACCUCGAGGAGCCGGUGUUGCAGUUUCGGAACGUGGAGCGCGCGGUGGCGCCGGAUUUGUAG